UACGAUCCUAUGUUUGCAGACUUAGUGGGACUUCGCUCGCGAUAAGAAGGCACGGAAAGGUACGAAAGCACAGACACCAAAGGCCUUAAAAAUAACCAUUGCUUUGCCACUCUAGCGUCCCCAGACUUGCAACUCUCUGAUUCCCGGCUGUGGUUAGUCUAGACCAAGGGAAAAAGAGAAACUCUAUUGUUAUCAGGCGGUAGCCGACUCUAGCGCUGGCCUCCGGCGCACUCUAUAGUCACAACCCGCCCACCAAGAGCAACCGCAGGGUAGCGUCCCCCUGGCGGGGACUAGUUUGGUAAUGCUGACAAGUAGCGGUGGGUCCGGUUUCCUGAGGCGUUAGGGCGAUUCCCUCUGGGCAACGCGAAGUCGAGGCGAAGCCCGGAAAGCCUCUGAGAUUGAUUAUGGACGAGGUGCCCAAAAGCAAUAAUAACAAUUCAUCAACAUCUCCACAAGUAGCAUCUUUACAAGGCACCGCUCUACAGGAAGCUCAACUUUCUCAUGUUUCUCAACAGAUGUCUCUUAGAGGUCCAACUCCACUAACAGUGGUACAUCUUUCUGGAGAUCAUGUCCAGGGAGUCAUUCAUACAGCUCAGACUUCCUCUGUGAUUCACUCACCACAAGGACAAUCAGUACAGGUGUCAUUAUCAGAGAAUGAGGAUUCACAAGAUUCUUCGGAUAGCAUGGACUCUUCCCAAAAAGCAAGAGGUCUCUUAGCACGCCGUCCAUCUUACAGAAAAAUCUUGAACGAUCUUUCUUCUGAAGACACAAGGGAUAGGAAAGAUGAGUCGAAUGCUAUUGUCACUUCAGUGCCUGUCACUACACCUGUUUAUCAGACCAGCACUGGUCAAUAUAUUGCCAUUGCCCCAAAUGGACCGUUACAGCUGAGCAGUCCAGGUGCUGAGAGUGUGCAGGGCUUACAGACCUUCACAAAUGCUACUGGGACUCCGCUAUUGCAGUAUGUGCAGACAUCUGAUGGCCAGCAGAUACUGGUACCAAGUAAUCAGGUAGUGGUGCAAACUGCAUCUGGAGAUAUGCAGGCCUACCAAUUACGCAGGACACCCACCACCACUUCCCUUCCACAAACAGUUGUGAUGACAACGCCUGUGUCCUUGACAUCUCAGUCAACCAAAACAGAUGAUCCCCAACUGAAACGAGAAAUAAGGCUGAUGAAAAAUAGAGAAGCUGCUCGAGAAUGCCGUAGAAAGAAAAAAGAAUAUGUUAAAUGCCUUGAAAAUCGAGUUGCAGUCCUUGAAAACCAGAACAAAACUUUAAUUGAAGAACUAAAAACUUUAAAAGAUCUUUAUUGCCAUAAAAGCGUGUAAGAAAAGAAGGUAGAAGCUUUUUCACGAAUAUCAGGGGGAUUUGAUUUUUAAAAAAUUAAAAUGAAAGGUCAAAAAUCUCUUCAAAUUCUACAACUUAAAGACUCUUAAAAUAUUAUUUGAAAUUGUUGCAUGGCAGAGUACCAAAAGAAAGCAUGAAAUGGUGUGAAGAAGCAUUCCUCUGGCACAACUGGAAUCUUGAUUAAAUCAGGCUAUAUGGAUA